AUCAAGAGUCAUGUUGGAGCGUAUCCGGCAGCCGCCACGAGAGGAGCUGCCGCCGUGUCAGCACAUCUGCAGUGGAUGAUCAUGCUGAACUGCUCCAGCUUCUUGAUCAAGAGGAACAAGCAGACGUAUAGCACCGAGCCCAAUAACCUGAAGGCCUGCAGCUCCUUCCGGUACAACAGGUUCAUUCACCGCCGAACUGUGGGCAUGGAGCUGGCGGCAGACGGCAAAGGGGUCGUGGUGGUCAUGAAGCGGAGAUCCAGUCAGCGAAAGGCAGCCACUUCCAACAUGCGGACCACCAUCAACAAGAAUGCCCGGGCCGCCCUCGGCAGCAUCCGGCACGUGAUCCGAAAGAACAAGUACCGCCCGGGUUUGCGCGUGGCCGCCAUCCGGCAGGCCUGCGCGCCAGAAGCCUGUGAUGGCGAAGAGAAAGCGGACUCGCCCCACCAAGAGCUCCUGAGCGAUCUAUCCACUUCCCCAAUGCAGUAAAGCUGUCAGCUGACUUGCCUAAAAAAAAAAAAAAAAGGAAAAGAAAAAAAAGAAAAAAAGAGUCAUGUUGGAAAGAGUGACCGUUAGGCCAGAGCUAAAAUAUUUGGGAAACUUGGAGGAGUUAAUUGCAAGGUUAUUAAGUGACUUCAACAGUGAAGAAAAUGAGCAAUAUAAUCUGGUGACAGGAGAUUAAAAAACAGGAUUUACAGGGAGGAGAGGAGAAAAAUGGUAUAGAAAGGAUCAUCUAUAAUGGAAGUGGACAUCUUUCAAUGUGACCUUUCAUAAACGGCAAACUCUUACAUGAGUUUUAAAACUUUAUUCUGUCUAGCAUAGUGUUGACGCUCACUAAAUAAUUAUAACUGGUUGAACUUUUAUGUUGAUAUUUAGAAUAGAGAAGUAAAGUACUUUAAACACAAAGUGUCAUGAAAAAGUACAUAGAUGAGAGAUGCUAGAGAGAAUUCUGUGUUAGAGAGAAAAAGUAUGAAAGAAUAAGGCAGGUGUGGGUUCCAGUCAGGGCUCUGCCAUUUGUGAGCUGCGUUCUUUCUUCAUUAAGGUAUUUCAUCUCUGCAAUGGGGAUAAAAAUAACUACCUCAAGGAGUUGUUGUGAGGGGUAAGUACAAUGAUUUAUGUAAAGCACCUGGCACAGAAUAAGCCUUCAAUUAAUGUUAGUUCCCUCCCUAAAAGUAGAGAUUCAAAUAUUGAACAUAUUUACAGGGUACUGUAAUAAAGAUAGACUUCUGAGGGAAAUAAUUUCUAUUUCUGUCACCACUGAUAAAUGAUUCAUGAACUCAUUCAUACACCAACUGUGUGUUAUUUCAGUGACUUGAGAAUGUGUUCAUGGACUCUUACAGAUUUUCUUUUUUCAAUUUCUAGCUUUAUAUUACUUAUUAUAGCACCUACAGAGAACACCAAUCAGAAGAAAAUCUGGCCAUUAUUCUCUUUCAUAGUGAAUACUAAAGCGUUAAUUUUUUGUUUUACUUUUUAAAAUUAUACAGAUAUAUGAUUAGCAUGAUCAUUGAAUAGUAUGCAAUUUUUAAAAAUAAUUAAAUAUUUAGAAUAUUUUAUGAAUAUGGAAUGCAUAUUAUUGAGUGAUGAGAGUAUAAAUCUAAAGACAAUAUGCAUUUUCUAUUAAAAUAUGCUCAUGUUGGGCUUCCCUGGUGGUGCAGUGGUUGAGAGUCCGCCUGCUGAUGCAGGGGACACGGGUUUGUGCCCCGGUCCGGGAAGAUCCCACAUGCCGUGGAGCGGCCCGUGAGCCAUGGCCACUGAGCCUGCGCGUCCGGAGCCUGUGCUCCACAACGCGAGAGGCCACAACAGUGAGAGGCCCGCAUACCGCAAAAAAAAAAAAAAAUGCUUAUGUUGAAUGAAUGUUAUUAAAUAAUUGUAUUUGCUUAUAUACAGAAUUCCAAAAAGCAUUGAGGUAUAUUCUCAGUCAUUUAUGGUCAAUGAGGGAAGUAAAAAACGACCCAAGAAAAACAAGGGUACCAUAUAAAGUUGUAUAUUGGGGCAGAGGGAGGAGCUUCAUUCCAUCCCUUCAUUCGUGGAGGUACUUAGGACCUUUGUGAUCACCUAGAAGCUUAUAGUCCUUAUUGAAUCCUCUGUGUACAGCCAGAAGAAAAGUACAAAGGAGGAAAGUGCAUGAAAGAUUUUCAAAGUUUCAUAGGCCAGGCAUCAGAGUAGUUGAAUGUCGUAUUUGCCCACAUGGCAUUGGCCGGAACUAGUCAUAAGGUUCACCCAGAUGCAAAGAGGUUGGGCAGUGCAGUCUAAACGUGUGGCAAGAAGGAGAAUGUGUGCUUAUGGAUGAACUAGCUGCUCUAUUCUGGAGUUGAUGUAUUACUAGGUGUUAAAUUAGAAGUUAGGGAUGAAUUCUGUGGUACUACAAAAAUGUAGAAAAUGGAUAGGUCAUUUUAAGCUGUCUGAGUACUAGAUAGCCCGAUAAUGCUUCACAGAAGAGAUGAACGAUCCAGGUAGGCCUUGCAAAACUCAGGGUAUUUGGUUUGUCAGGAAAGGGUCUGAUAUGUUUUUCAAGGAGCAAAUAACAGUGAGAGUAGGAAUAAACUUGCAGUAUAUUUCAGCGAUGAAAUUAGUCUGAGGGGGAAAUUGGCUUUAAUUACUAAGGCAUAAGAUAUCCUCAUAUAUUGAUUGGAUAUGUAAGUUGGACCAGACUAAUGUCCGUACUGGAUACCAAGAUGAGAAAUUAUAUGAUUAUUGAGAAGCCAUAUUUGCAACUAUGUUGUAUUGAAAGUAGUAUAAUGUUGACAAUAUACUUACUUAAGAAGUUCAUAGCAAAUGCAAGCAUAAUCUGGCAUUCUACAGUUCGAAUUUUUUAUUUUAUGUUAAUCUGAAUAAAGAAGUAUUUUAACAUGAUAUUCAGGGUAGCUUCUUUUUGUAGAAAGCGUUGUAUAAACUGAUGAGUACUUAUGCUUAUUUCCAGGCAAGGGCUUAGAACCUCAACUAUCAUUCUAGACAUUACUGAUAGAUCCAUAAUUUUAGACUUGGAAAGAACUUUUGAGGUAAUCGAGUCCUAAGGCGUCAAAAGACUUUUCUAAAGCAUCACAGUUUAUCCUAAAUCUAAAUCUAGAUACAGAUCUCCUAAAUUCUACAGUUUAAGAUUGUUAUGAAGGAAAUCAUAUUUUCUGUUGUCUUAAUUAUACCAACUAAAGUGUGCAUAUCUUACAUAGAAAGGGUCUUCAUUAGGUUGUCAUAUUACUUUGAAAAAUAGCUUAAUUUAGCUGCAGUUUAAGGAAAACUAGAAUAACUAAUGUGACACACAAGUGGAUAUACAUUAGAAAACAAAUUAUGGAGAACAGACUAUACCGCCUACUCAGAACUGAACCAGACAAGAUAAAGCAUAUAAGAACAGAUAUUGCAGUAAUGAGAGUGCAGCUGUUUAGGAUUCUACGGAAAUGUGGGAGACAUUAUUCAUGGAACAAAGAAAAGAAACUAAAGACAACUUUGAAGCAGCACCUUCAUAUUUAGCUUUAUAUUGCAUAUUUUACAUAUUUUAAUCAUAUCUCACUUCCUUCCGAAAUAGACUUGAGAUAGUUUAUAACAAGAUAAUGUUACAGUAGCAUGGAUGCAAGGAUAAGAGAGGAUGGGGUAUUGGUGUAAUAAUACCAGAUUACUCAUACUAGGUUACUAAUGCUAGGGGUAAACUUUUAUUUAGGACAAACUUUUGGCAUUUAGUUUCUUGAUAUUCAAAUCAAAAAAGAAAAACAAAAUUAUAUUUUAUUUUUUGGUAAAAUAAUAUUUAGUAAGAUGAAGGAGCAAGUGGGCUUUUAUCCCCCCAUAGUUCUGAUCUCUAAGAGGAACUAAUUUCUCAAUUAUUUAAUAAGAUGGUUUUACAAGAGUUAGCUUCACCAUUAUCCCAUAAAUAAAUACUAAACUUUUAUUUCUUGCCUGGCUCUCUGCUGAGUUCUUGGGACACAUAGAUGAAGAGGAAGCAUGCUUACCCUUAAGGAGCUCACAGAUAGGAAAAAGGUAAUUGGGCAGUAAAUUCAAUAAAUGAGUUACUUGUAAGGCAUAAUGGUAGCCCACAGGAAAGAGUGUUCAGCACAGUCAUAGAGAGAAGACCCCCCACAGGGUAAGAAAUGUUGAAUUGAUCUUAAAGUAUGAAUAGAUCAAAGAUUAAAAGAGAAAUGAGCAGAACUUUCUCUUUAAAAAUGCAUAAUUUUAUGCAGAUAUUUCUGAGAGAAUCUUUGGAGAACCAAAACAGUAUAGUUCAGAUGCUUAAAACUUAGGAUAACUGGCUGGAUAAAAAGUACUAAAAUUUGAGGAAUGAGCAUUUGAUUGAUCCCUUCGACCCUAUUUGAACAUAAUUGGUCAUAUAUUUUUCACCUGGCAGUAUGCUUUUCUGCCACAUAAGUUGUAAGAUUGAGACAUUACAAAUUUUUUUUUUUACUAAAGUCUGGAUUAUUUUUAAUUGUGGUAGAAUACAUAUUACAUUACAUUUAUCAUCUUAACCAUUUUUAAGUGUGUAAUUCAGUAUUGUUAAAUAUAUUUAAAUUAUUGUGCAGCCAAUCUCCAGAACCUUUUCAUCUUGCAAAACAAACUCUAUAUCUAUUAAAUAACUCCCCCUAAAUGCCCAUCGAUAGAUGAAUGGGUAAAGAAGAUGUGGUACAUAUAUACAAUGGAAUAUUACUCAGCCAUAAAAAAGGAAUGAAAUUGGGUCAUUUGUAGAGAUGUGGAUGGAUCUAGAGACUGUCAUACAGAGUGAUGUAAGUCAGAAAGAGAAAAACAAAUGUAUAUUAACACGUAUAUGUG